GUUGUUAUUUGUUUGGCACUUUUGGUACUGGCAAACUGGCUUUAAUUGGUACCUAUUUUGCAUUAUCUUCGGCUCUUGACAUUUGACUUCAACAACAAGUGAUAACGUGAAAUUUGUAAACAGUGGGUAAUUUGAUAAGCGAAAAUGAAUAUCUCUACAAAAGAUAAAUACUUUUUAUUUAAAGUUUCUCAUUACUCUCGACAAGUGUGCGACAUUGAGUGUGUCUGUACACCAAUAUUCUUACAAAAUGGUUUCUUUCAAUGUCACUGGCUUAAUGCCACCUGUCUUUACUCCCCUAAAUGAUGACCUGACCAUAAACUAUGACAUCAUCCCUGCAUAUGCUAAGUUCCUGGUUGAUUCAGGAAUUAAGGCUGUAUUGGUGGGAGGUACAACAGGGGAACAUAUGACGCUCUCCUUAGAAGACAGGAAGAAAGUGAUUGAUGCUUGGCUGAAAACUAAGAAGACAACUGGGCUGCAUAUCCAGGUCCAAGUUGGUGGUGCACCCCUCUCUGAUGCAGUUAACUUGGCUAGCUACUGCCAGAAGAUCGGUGUUGACUCCCUCCUGACACUCCCCGAGCUGUACUUCAAACCAGCAACUGUUGAAGAACUGGUCUUCUACGUGGCUCAGAUCGCUAAGGCGGCGCCGAAGCUGCCAGUCUUAUACUACCACAUACCUCGUAUGAGUAAAGUUGAAAUUAGUAUGCCAGCGUUCGUAACAGCGGCGACCGCCAGCAUCCCGAACUUCAAAGGCCUCAAGUUUACCUCCAACGAUCUGAGCGAAGGCGCCCAAGUGCUUAGGGCACUGAAGAAUGACCAGGAGAUGUUCCUUGGAGGCGAUUCUCUCCUCGCUCCUGCCGCCCUCUUGGGCGUCAGAUCCAGUAUCGGGACGUCCUACAACUUAUUCCCUAGGUUAGCUCAAGAAAUACUGGACGCCGUGGCAAAUAACGAAGUUCUGAAAGCUAGAGCUCUCCAGGAGAAGCUAAGCUUGGCGAUUGAGGCUCAUACCAGUGAAGGUCCCUGGGUACCAAUAAUGAAGGCUGGUAUGGAGAUCGUCACUGGAAUCAAAAUGGGACCCCCCGCGUUACCUCAGAGACCCCUUUCUGCAGAAGCUAAACAAAGAAUCCAGGCAAGAUUGAGAACAUUAGGCCUAUGUAACUAAUGUAAAGUGUGCCUUAUGCCAUUAAGAUAAAGUAUCUUUUCCAAAAUCAUGAUGCAUUUACAUUAAAUUCGUUAUUUUGACACAUU